AUGGGACUUAGCACCCGGCGACACUUGGCUUACGUCAACAAGUAUACUCAGCGGAUGAAACUGUGCCCCAACUCGUUGCGGGCAGUUGUGGGAAUUGAAUAUGGGAAACGCCUGUCGCUGCGACCUCUUCUGAAGGCCAGGAACCAGGGCCAAGGCCAGGUGGAUACAGAACACUUCGUUGUUUUUUUGGUGUUUGUUUUUUGUUUGUUUUUAGAUUUUCUUCCGUUACAAUGCGAUGCGUGUAAACAAGAUUUCCAUAAAGACCAUUUUACUUGUGCUGCACAUAAAUGUCCAUUUGCAUUCGAGAAGGACGUUCGGGUCCCAGUGUGCCCACUUUGUAACAAACCAGUACCGGUAAAAAAGGGAGAGAUCCCAGAUGUGGUGGUUGGUGAGCACAUUGAUUGAGAGUGUAGCUGUCAUCCUCGGAAGAAAGAGAAGAUUUUUAUAUGCCGGCGCUCAAAAGAGGGGUGCAAGAAGGAGAUGCUGCAGGUGAUUUGUGACCAGGGCCGCGGCAGUUUCCGUAUUCAGCGUAGACAUCCUCUGGAUCACAGCUGCCCACGCGGGAACCUUGCCGUCAGUGUAGCCGGAGAGAGAGAGACAGCGUGAGCGCGGGAGGGGCAGAGAGAGAGGGAGACACAGAAUCUGAAGCAGG